AGCAGUGAAGGAACCAUAAAAACUAAAGACGAUUUUCAAACCUCACUCAAACUUCUCGCACGGGGGGAGAGAGAGAGUUCAAUACGCAGAGCCCAUUAGGUUUUGUGAGUUUCAGUUAGAAGAAAACGGAUUUGGAUCGAUUCCAUUUCACUAUCUUGCACAGUGUGAGCCACCAAACAGGGCCUUUCAAGUUUUCCAUGAUCUGUCGGGAUAACAGUUUCUGAGAUGAAAUUGCGCAGCAGUUUGUAAAUUUCUGCAAACAUGUUUAGUAAAUUUGCAGAAAUUGUGUCUUCUGUAGCAACUCGUUUGUCAGCCCCGAGGAAUCCUUCUCUUGCAUAUAAAUCAUCUGGAUUGCCACCUCUGCGGGGUUCUCCUGAUGGCUAUACUUUUUCCAGCCCAGUGAAGAAAACUAAUUUGAGAGACUCCUCAUCCAUUCAAGACUUGUCUUCUUAUCGACAACUCGAUCCAGAAGAAGGUGACCUUAGUCCUGGAGCAAAAAGAAAUAUAAGUCAUGCAAUACCUCCAAAUCCCUUGCAAAAAGGAAAUAGUAGAUCAAGUUUUUCCAAGGAGAAGGCAUCACCCGGUAUACCUUCUAGGCAAAAGAAGUGGGCACAAGUUGUCUGUGUUCUACUCUGUUUUCUGCUAUUUGCUUGUCUUACUGUUGCAAUGCAGUUUCUUUAUUCUAACUGGUUUGGAGGGCCGUCUAAGUUCUAUGUUGUGCUUGAUAGUGGCAGCACCGGAACCCGUGUUUAUGUGUAUCAGGCAUCUAUUAACUACAAGAUUCACAAGGGUGGCAGUUUUCCUAUUUUAUUAAAAUCGUUGCCCGAAGAUUUCCAGAGAAAAGUUGGGUCCAAGAGUGGGCGGGCUUACAACAGAAUGGAAACUGAACCUGGAUUUGACAAAUUAGUGGGUAACAAGUCUGGGUUGAGGGAAGCAAUAGGACCCCUUGUUCAAUGGGCUAAGAAGCAAAUUCCUGUGAAAUCACACAAGAAUACUUCCCUCUUUCUUUAUGCUACAGCUGGACUUCGCUGGUUGCCAAGUUCAGAAUCAGACUGGCUUCUUCAUAAUGCAUGGUCAAUUCUGAAGAGAUCACCGUUUCUGUGCAAGAGGGAGUGGGUUAAGAUUAUCACUGGAAUGGAGGAAGCUUAUUAUGGAUGGAUAGCUUUAAAUUAUCACGUUGGUGUAUUGGGGGUUAUGCCUAAAAAGGAUACAUUUGGUGCACUUGACUUGGGUGGCUCAUCAUUGCAGGUUACUUUUGAGAGUAAGGAAGGCGCCCUCGAUGAAACUAGCUUAAAGCUAAGCAUUGGCCCUGUUAACCAUCAUCUCAGAGCCUAUUCUCUAUCAGGAUAUGGACUUAAUGAUGCGUUUGACAGAUCUGUAGCUCAUCUUCUCAAGAGGCUUCCUCAGAUUUCCAAUGCAGAUUUGGUUACUGGAGAGGUUGAAAUUAACCAUCCCUGUCUGCAGUCUGGUUACAAAGAACAAUACAUGUGUUCACAUUGCGCUUCUGUCCACCGAGAAGGUGGAAGUCCUAUUGGAGGAAAAAAAACAGGUGAAGGAUUUAGGGAUGCUAUUCAGCUCAUUGGAACUCCAAAAUGGGACGAAUGCAGUGCACUAGCAAAAGUCGCUGUUAAUUUGUCUGAAUGGUCAUAUCAGAGUCCGGGAAUUGACUGUAAGCUGCAGCCAUGUGCUCUUGCAGACGAUCAACCUCGUCCUUUUGGCCAGUUUUAUGCUUUGUCUGGCUUCUAUGUGGUGUACCGAUUUUUCAACUUGACUCCUGAUGCACUACUGGAUGAUGUUUUAGAGAAGGGUCGUGAAUUUUGCGAGAAGUCUUGGGAUGUUGCCAAAAUGAGUGUUCCUCCUCAGCCUUUUAUAGAGCAGUACUGCUUCAGAGCACCUUAUUCCGUGCUUCUAUUGAGAGAAGGAUUGCAUAUUCCUGAUAACCAUGUAAUUAUUGGUUCUGGAAGUAUUACUUGGACACUUGGAGUUGCUUUGUUGGAAGCUGGAAAGGCAUUUCCAGAUAACAUAGAAUUUCACAGUUACAGAUUAUUCUGGGAGAAAAUAAAUCCAGUUUUUCUCAUUGUUAUUUUAUUGGCUUCGUUGUUUGUCCUAGUUUGUGCAUUAUCUUGCGCUGGCAAUUGGAUGCCAAACUUCUUCCGGAAGCCCUAUCUCCCACAAUUCAGGCAUGGCAGUGUAACAUCCACAUCUGGUCUCAAUAUUCCAGCUUCUUUUCGGUUUCAGCGCUGGAGUUCUAUAAAUACAGUAGAGGGAAGAAUUAAGAUGCCAUUAAGUCCAACAACUGCACGCAAUCAGCGAAGACCAUUCGGUACUGGACUUGGUUUAAGUGGUGUUAGCUUAGAGCUCACUGAGUCUUCCAUGUAUUCAUCAUCUAGCAGUGUUGAACGUAGUUAUUCUUCGGACAGCUUAGGGCAGAUGCAAUUUGACGGUGGUAACAUGGGUUCAUUCUGGGCCCCACGUAGAAGUCAGACGCGUUUACAAAGCAGGAGAUCCCAAUCUCGAGAAGAACUUAAUUCUUCAUUUACUGAGGCACACUUGCUGAAACUUUAAAGCUGCUUCUGAUUUUGGUUUGCCGUGCUCAAGUAUAAUAUUGUCGGAGGCAAUUGUCAUUUAUUCCGAGCUUCAAAAAGGAAUUUUUGUUGAAAUGGAGAAUGUUAUAUCUGACUGUGCUCUCUUGAUCAAGUUUUGAAUGUUGAGUUGCUCUGAAAGUGGUUGGACAACAUGGUUAUUCAACUAUUUUGAAAAGAUACCCAUGUGUAAGAGGAAGUGGAAAAUUUAUUAAACAAGAGAAGCUGGAUAAGUGGAUUUUGAACGAACUUUGUGGUCAAAUUUAUUGCAUAAUCUAAAGUUCCCGAACUUUGAAUCCAUUGUAGCUUCAACCGGGCUUCUGUCAGCCAGUGGUUACUGAAAUCUUCAGAGUCGGAUCGAUUUGGAACCUAUACAAAGGCUACCUUGCUGCUCACCACAAUCUCUGAAGGGGCUUAUGUACUCCACUUCAUAUCACCAAAAGACAAAGCCCAGAGCGGAAGGAGGACUUGAAUCCUCACAUGUCAUUCCGGUUUUAAACUUGGUUGUGCUCUUCCAGUUGACAGAUUCCUGGGACAAAGGAACUCCUCGAGGCAGAAGAUUGUACCUGGAAUUAGAAAUGCAAGCUGUGUCCCCUCACACUACACAGAUAAACAAAUUUGUACAUAUUUCUGGUGGAUUCUCUUACAAUAUGCCAGUCCAUUGAGGAUUAGAAAUAGGCGUAAUUGGACAAAAUUAUAUGUACAUGUCUCAAUUAUGUUAAAUAUUCAUUCCCUUAAUUUCUCUU